CUUUAUAUUCUUUUUCCUCACCUUGACAGAUAUCGUUAAAUUUUCAUCUAUAUUUGCUUCAUCUUUGAAACUCCCUCAAUUUACCGAUAAUGUAGUUAGCAAAUAAAGUGGGUACCAGAAUAAAAAAAAUUGUAGUUUGAUUUUUAAAAAGACGACGUAUCGAGCAUGUUAUCGUUAUUAUUUUAUCGCUAUUUUGGAUGAAGUAUCACACGCAACGUACAUAUUUAAUUGGAUCCCUCAAUUUACCUUCAAAACCUUACAAUAAUGGCUUUUUUAAUUCAUGUUAUUCUGUUUUGUUGCCAAUUGUUGCAUCUUAGAACAAAAGGCGCUUGUUUCAUUGCCAAUAUCAGGUUUUAUAAUUAUGAUUAUUCGCCAUUUUGAUUAUUUACCAACACCCCACUCACAAUAACAAUCAAAUCGGCACGUCGUCUUUAGCUCUGUCACAGAACAGAGUUCACGUUCUAUUGUUCUGUGAAGAGGCAGAAAUACACUCAUUUCUUUAUAAAAAAACUGGCUAUAAGAAAAGAGUACUGGACAGUCACAAAAAAUUAAGAAAUUUCAAUACUCGAAACAAAAAAAUCAAGAAACUAUUGAAUCAUGAUAAAACUGAGUACAACGAAAUUUCGUAAAAUCCAAGAACAUGAUUGCCCAGAAGGCCUAGAACUUAAGACACAAGGGAUAAAAAUAUACUUUCCACGUCUUAAUACUCUAAAUACAGCGUCAGAACGGAAGCGAAUCGCUUGACGUGAAAAAAAGGUCACGAACAUUUUAUAACAUCAUUUAUGACAUCAUAAUUAAGAAACUCUCAAGAAACAGUGAGUAUUGAAAUUUCCAGAACAUUAAGAAACUGGAGUACUCAACAUCGACCUUUGUUUCUUAUAAAAAAAAUGAGUGUAGUUUGCUUUUCCGAAAAAAGGGCGUGUCAUACAAGGGUAUGGGUUGUUAAGAUUUAAAGUAAGCAGUGGUUCUAAAACGUGCCCUACACGGUACACGGUUUUCGUUGAAUAAAUUCUGUGUGAUACAAACAGAAAUGAAUUUUGUUAUUCCUAAUGUAAAAAAUUUCAAAAACGUCUCAAUUUUAAUUUGUGGCACAUCCAUAAAACGCAAAAAUUGGCGACACAAGCAGAGCCUCAUGCCCGAAAUAUCCACCGAAAACUUCUUGAAGAAACAUUUUUACAGUUGGUGCAGAUACAACUGAGGGGAAAUUCACUCUUGCUAAUAGUAUACUAGAUUUCCACGAAACUAAAAAGACUUGUAAGGAUUUUCAGAUAAAACAAUAGGAUUUCCACCAAAGGUGUGCAAGAUUUUCACGAAGUGAUUUGCCCCUCAGAUACAAGAUCGGAGCCUUGUCUAAUUAAUGGCCUGAUUAACAAAUCAAAAUUGAUUGCAUGUAUGUAAAUAACAAUAUGCCCUAACAACUGUAGGCAAAUUGUACUUUGAAAUCGCAGUUCAUACUCAAAUUUUUGAACAAGACUUCCUUUCUUCAGUAUGUCUAUGUUUGAUGAGUACAUUAAUGGAAACGCCCUUGCAAACAAGCGUGAGUUAAUCUCGUGUCAAUCUUUAUCCAAAGAGCUAAGUUUAAAGGCUCUUUUGAGGGACAUUUUCAGCCCUUUUGUUGUCGGUUCAAUAAAUUAGUGAAGAGGAUUUUCCAGUUAUUGUCUCCGUUGGGACAGAACACCAUUUGCUUCCUUUUUAUAACGCUCUGUAGGCCAAAAUGAAUGCUUUGUUUACAUAGAAAAAUCCAUUGAAUCGCUUUUUGUUUGAUAAUAUCUUUGGUAUGUCUUGAUUAAUUUCAAAGCUUCGUAACAAACUGCUGGAAAACAAAAAAACUGUUGGGCCUAGCUGCUCUGUAAAUACAAGCCCAAGCGCUUCACGCCGAGACACAGAGAAGAAUUUUGAACAAUUUGUAAGACUUCAGUUCUUUGUCGUCGAGCAAUGUUGACCUAAAGGCAAGCAGCACUGAAGCAUGUGUUGGUUACAAUCAAAGCUGUUCAUUAAGGGCUUUCCUUGCGGUAUCGGUCUCCUAACAGCGAACACAUAGUGCUUAAAAGGACAGUUUAUAAGGUUUCAGGAAGCGUCUGGCAGUUGCCUCUAUUGUCCGAACACCAAAAGAAAUGAUUUAAAUCCAAAGUAAGAGGACGAAGAGUUGUUCACUAACCCCUAAGAGGACCCAUUCUGCACGUAACAUAAGGGGGCAAGGUUGUUCGCCAAUAUCUGAUGGUUGCAUUUAAUGUCACGCUUCAAUAUAGAUGGAUUCAAGUCAUUUUACCCCGAAUAGCUCUACCCAUGACUUGGGAUCAUCUCUCUCUUCACUCUCUGGGAACGAGGAGACGUCAAUUUAUGGGCAACCGAACCCAUUCAGAGUUAAGGCCAAAGGAAAAGGUUUAGAAUCUGGACACACAAGUCAGCCUUGCUUUUUUACACUGGACGCCAGAAAAGCUGGCUAUGGAGACUUCGAUAUUCUUAUUAAGGGGCCUUCACAGGCUGAUAUUCUCUACCACGAUCAAGACGAUGAUACACUAUAUACGGUAGAGUACCAUGUUGCGUUACCGGGAGACUAUUUUAUUGAAAUAAAGUAUGAUAACAGGCACAUCCCUGGUAGCCCUUUUGCUGCAAAAAUCGUCAAAAUGAAUGGCUCUGUAGACACAAAUAAAGAUGAUGCCACUAAACAAGGCAGCAAAGAUGGAAAGGCUCAAACCAAGCCAACGAUGAACGGUGAAGUUCUUUCAUCUGAAGAGCAGAAAUUAAGUGGGUCACCUGACAAAGUUUAUGGCGCUAUUGCCUCGUUCCAGGGCUACGUCACGAGCCCAUCUGGGGAUAUAUUUACAGCGGCGCUUGUCCGUAAAAGUGACGGUACGUUCUCUGUGCAAUUUCCAAGAAAUGAAACCGGCACGUAUCUAGUGAACAUUGUGAAUCCGGUAACCGGGAAAUGCAUCUCUGGCUGUCCGUUUAAAGUAAAAGUAGAGGCUCAGUCAGAAGAGGAGCCCAAAGUCUACGGUUCUGGGCUAGAGUUCUGCCAGGUAGAAGAAACCGGAAUGUUUACUGUAAAAGGGACAGAAAACUUCUCUUUUUCUGAGCUCUCGGUUGCUUUCGAAGGAAUCUUUUUAUCGAAUGUCAAAGUUUUUAAAAAUUUUUACGAUUCAGCUGAUUUUCUUUACGUGCCUAACAAGGCAGGCAAAUAUAAAAUUCACAUCAACUAUAGGGGACAAAGAUUGACUGGUAGCCCAUAUCGACUGGUUGUGAGAAACAGAAAGCGAUCUCAAGAAGUAUACGGCAAUACAGAGCAAGGCAGUGUGAAUUUACUUAUAUGGUUAGGAAAGGACUUCGGCAACAAGGUUAACAGUGAGAUAACAACACCGUCAGGUAGUCUUCUACCACACUCGUUCUCUAAUCGUGGCAACAAUUUGGUCGAGGUACGGUUUUGUCCUAAGGAGAAUGGACCUCAUAUUGUUAAAAUUGGGGGAAAUUUGGAUGACGAGGUUGCUGAGGAGUUCGUUAUUGCAACACAAACUGCAGCAAUCGAACUAUCACAACCCUUCCCGGAACUUAACAGUGCUAGUGUUUUGCAAACGCAAGUAGGAAAACCAGGCAAAGUCAUCGUAGACCUACCGACAGGGAUACCUAAAUACUUGACCAUACAGUUCAGCGGACCUGGAAAGAUCGAAUCAAAGCGCGUCGAGGGAUCGAACGGUCAAAUAAUUGUCCAUUUCAAAGCAAGGAUUCCUGGAAGCUACUUCGUUUCUGUGAAUUACGAUGGGAUACCUGUACGGGGAAGUCCAUAUCAAAUCUUGAUAUUUGAUGAAAACGGGAAUCCAAUGAAAAAUACAGAAAAUGAUGUAGAGUUCUGUUCCUGUUAUGGUAAAGGCCUUCAGGAAGCAAAAGCUGGGCAGAUAAGCAAUUUUGUUGUUGACGCGUGCAAUGCAGGGUCAGGGUCUUUAAUGGUUGGCUUUGAUGAUCCAGACGUUGUUGCUACAGAAGUUGUCUCUAAGCACAUGGGAAACUGUGUGUAUGAGGUUCAUUAUUGUAUUGAAAAGCAAGGUUUGUACGAUCUUACAGUAAUGUGGGGUGGAAAGCAUGUCCCUGGGAGCCCCUUCAGUGUCCACGUGACGUAGAAGGUUGCUCUUAUUGGCUUCCUGCUAUCUGAUUUGGAAGAGGGGAGACGUUGUACACAAGCAUCAGAGACAACAGAAGGGGUGAAAGCAUCAGAGAAAAGGGUGAUUUAGACAGGGGGUGAAAGGAUAUGUUCUCAAUCAACCAAAUUUUUUUUUUCAAUUAGCAUUUCUCUCAAAAUUCAUGUUAUUUGCAAUUAUGUUGGCUUAGAGCUAUUGUUGAACAGUGCUACUGGUCGAACUCUGGCAGUCGGGAAAUUAAAUUGCUUUUUUAAACUUCCGUGUUUUUUAAGCCGUACAAUAUGUUUAGGUUCUUGAUGCUCAGAUCCCUGACUGAUUGAAUGAUGUUUUUUUGUUGCCAGUGACUGUGAAGUCUUAGUCAGCCAUCUCUCGACAGCCAUCUCUAGCAUAAUCUAUCGACAAAUAGAGUUGUUUCUUUUAUUAUUCAUGUUCAGUCUAAUUUCACAAAAAUUUAAUGCUAUGUACUUUUGCCACAAGCCAGUCGGGGACAAAAAGGGGGCAUGGUCACGGAUGUUAAACCUAGUAAGCACCGUUUCCUGUUUACUAUUUUGUUUCUGUGAUUGCCCAUAUGAAUUCUGGAUUUCGUUUAAUGACAUGACAUAAAACCUCGAUCUUGGGUAUAACUAGACAUGCCUGCAAGGGUGGGACACUUUAAACAAAUUGCGCAGAAAUGGGUCAGUUGUGGACAAUUUUCUGUAGUUUGGCGAUAUCCUACGAAAAACAAGUGUAAUGUCUACUACAUUCAAUUUCUUAGUCUUUGAUAGGGCACGAUAGUGUUUUCUUAUGUCCUCAUAAAUUGUUUGGUGCUCUAUUUCAAUCAUAAUUCAUCAAGAAUUAUCAUUUUAGUUAGCAUUUUAAUUGAAUAAACUUUGUAUUUUACAGUUUUAAGUAAAUAUAUUAGAAUUUUAGCAAAGUUUGUUGAGAUAUUUAUAUCUAGUUUUCCAUUUCUUUUAUGCACUUUACUUUAGAAUUAAUUUGUAAAGUAUCAUGUAACGAAAAUGUUUGUUUCAAGUAAGAUUGAAUUGUUUUAGGAGCUUUAUAAAAAGCAGCAUUUAGAGCUUAAAUUUACACAACAUUUAGUAUUUCUUCAAUAUCUUAUGAACAAUAGAUAUUAUUCAAAUGUAAUUUUUAGAAGGUUGUACCAUGAAACUUUUGAAAUGAAUAUUCAUAAGGCAUUUCUUGUUACUUUGUUUUCUCAAUUUAUUCCAGCUGAAACCUUGACUGGUUUUCCAGAGACAAAUUCAAUUGAAUGGCACUAUGUUUGAUAAAAUCUUACAAGAGUUUUUAUCUUUGUAAGUAGUGUUUCUCACCAAAGACUACCCAGAGAACAGUUAUGCAAUAAACAAUAUACUAUUUAAGAAAAAUGAAUGAGAGAAUUUGUAAGAAAUAUGUGCCACUGACCUUUUUACUACAUCUUUGUUCACUUGACUUAUAAGUUACAUUAUCUAUUACAAUAUAAUCUAUAGUUUACAGCAUUCAGAAACCAAUUCCAUGUAGUGAAUUUGAUAUUGUAAUUGAGGCCUUUUUUCCAAUCAUUAAUUGAUUAUGUCAUAUCUGUGACAUUCCCAUUCAAGGCCAUUCAAGGCACUACAUACCACAGGACAUUCUCUCUACCAAUCUUUUCAACUCUGCUCAUCUAAGUCAUGCUGGCCCCCAACUCUACUGGCGUUUAUCCUACUUUGCCUACAACAGCUAAGCUUUAAUGGUAUUUAAAACAGGCCUCAUCUAAAGUUUUCAUCAAGCAAAGUUUGGCAAUACAUUCUUACUUAGAAAAUUUAUUUUUUGUAUAUAAGUUGAUAAUUUAAAUGAAAUUUUAGUUCAAUUAGAAUCAAGACAUGUAAUGGGCAAACAAAAUUUUUUGAACUUUUUUACAAUAUUUAAAUUUCUACGUUAGUUCUUUCACCUUACAUAUGGAUUGCUUCUCCACCUUUUGCAUUCUAAGGUAGGGAGAAAUAUUGUAGUGGAUAUAAUAUUGUAAAUAAGGUAUAAAAAUUGCUUAUCAUGUGUCUUGAUUCUAACUGUGAACUAAAAUUUAACAAAAAUUAACAUACUAAGAUACAAAAAUAAAUUUGCUGACUAUGGAUGGGUCAGAAAAAGUAAUAAUGAUCAUGCAAUGCGAUGUAAUAGAGGAAAGAUCUAGACUUGGAAGGGAGGAGAGAAGGUGAUUCAGCAUUACUUAGAUGAUCAGAGUUGAGAACAAUGGUAAAAGGAAUGUCUUGUACCAAAGGCCUAAGGAGCUGUCACAGAUAUGGUAUGAUCAAUGAAUGAGCAGAAGAUGGCCUUAGUUGCAAUAUUAAAUUCAAUACAAUCUCAUAAAAAUAAUAUAAAAACCUUAUUUGAAAUGCUUGCUCUCAAAUUCUCAUUAAUAACUGAUACUUUAAACUAUGAGAGCAAAUAAUAUUUGCUACCAAGCACUAUAAACAAGUUAUUUGCAUCACGGAAAGCAGCAUUCUCAAAGACUGUAACCCUGAAUGAUUCCUGCAUUCUUCACAGUUUGGAUCCACAACAAGCAAAGUCAAAAUACUGCCUGUAUGAAUAUAAAUUUUCUGUAAAUAGGCUUUUACAGAAAUUCAUUUUCGGAUUUUGAAGAUCAAGGUUUAUACUGAGUCAUGUAUUGAGUGUUUUCCUUCAAAAAUUUCACAACUUUCUCUUCAAAGUCGCCUUGAAUUUCAACCUCUCCUGUUUUUAACAGCCCUCCUGUGCCAAACUUUGUCUUAAGAAGUUGCAAUAAAUGCUUAGAAUUUCCAGUAACCUGUCGUAUAACUGUCACUUUCUUUCCUUUUGCGCGUUUUUCUAAGUAAACUGGAAAUCCCCCUUUCUUUGUUCUCAUUAUUUUGAAAAGGUCAUCAGUUCUUUCUUCCGUUGCACAAGCAGUGCACGAGUUUUCCACCUGAAACGUUUGAAAUCCAGAUUCUUUUUCUAGUUCUUUAUAACCAGCUUGAGAUUUUUUGGCACCAGAGAUGGCCUCUAAUGUUUGUCCUGUUGGGUUAACAACACAAUCCGUACUAUCGACCAAAUUAUCAUUUGCUGCUACAUUCUGAUUUCUUCGCGAUCUCGCAUCUUUGAUGAAGCAGCCAAGUGUCAAACUUGGAGGCCUUCUUUCCUGUUCAUCCUCAACAUGCUGCGGUUUCUUGCUUUUAGGCAUUAGUUGCUUUUACUUUGCCUUUAACACAACUGUUUUUUUAUCAUCAAUCAUAGUUCCAGCAGUAGCUAUUAUGUAAAAGCCUCGGUAUCGUGAAACUCGUAAUCGUGUCGCAGGAUUCUGUAGUCAAGCAGUGAUGAUCUUGUCAAGUACUUUCUGUAUUUAGCUUUUAUUGCUUGAUUUGUAUAUAUUUGAUCGAUUCGAUGCAAUAAAAUGAGCCCCAAAUAGUUAAGAGAGACGUGGUUAGUUGGUCAUUGCUCCCUAUAAUCAAUUCCGAUUACAGGAUUCUUGGACCCACAUCCUGACGUUGUAUACUCCGAGGAAUGUCAGACAAGAAAGCUUUGAAUAUGUUGUAAAAUAUUUGCUUUUGUCCAAUCAAUUUUCAUAUUAAGAAUGAGUAAUAUGUUACAUCUUUGCUUUAUUUGUGAUAAAUUUGGAAAAUUUGAAUGGAUACAAGUUCAGUCAGUACAAAUGAUAUGAUACAUUGCACACAUUUUCGCGGACAUUGAAACUUAAGUGUAUUGAAUUAUAAGAGAACCAACAAUGUUUACGCAGUAUUGAAAGCUUAAACGAUAAAGAAAUUGCCUAAACAGAGAUAAUAUAAGUUGCCUUGCACACUAGUGGGUUGGAGAGUCAUCAGUAAUUUACGGACGAAGACAUUAAAAAAGUAUAAUUUAGGUGUUAUAUGUGGACCAAUUGAAUAUUAUUCAAAUAAAUUAUGAAGAUUUGGGAGGUGUCACACCCCUUACACCCCUUACACCUCAGCAACGCUCCUGAAGCAUAACUGACUGUAUUCAGUACUUCUUCAAGGUCAAUUUGCGAAUGCUUUAGCAGGGAUUGGCAACCUACAGCCCCCUGGCAAAAUCGGCCGUAUUUUUAGUGGCCUCCGGCAGGUCAUCCAAUUUUUAAUGGCCAUCUUUGGACCUCCAGAGUUGAAAAUUCAAUGGAUGAAAAUUUCUUAUAAAGCUGGUAUCUUGCUGCAAAAAAUUCCAUUAACUUGAGAGCGAGCGUAGAUGCCCCCAAGCAAAAGCAUAUAUUUACAUUCAGGGUUUUGUGAUUCUUCAAGUGGCUGCAACCUGAUUUUUGCAAGUUUUUUUCCAGGAAGACGCUCUAGAAGGGGAAUCUCUCCAUUAUUUAUGGGGAAAAGAAGACCCUGGUACCCAGGGUAGGUAGGGGUAUAUUCAAUUCUACUAAGUCUUUUAAGUCCGAUUUCCAUUUGACAUUUUUUGUGCGCGCGGGUGUAGCGCCCAAAUCUGAGCAUGCGUAGUUACGUGCUGUUGUCAAGUGGCCGAGCGCACAAAAGUUGAGACCCUAUCAACUUUCUGGCGCUCACAGCGGACGCAAAAUCGAGAGCACUUGAUUUUAACUACGCUACGCCAAGGAUUUGGGCACAAAAAAUGUCUAAUGGAAAUCGGUCCUUAUGCAUCGACAAUUCAAAUUCAAUACACACGACUUCAAGAACAAGAUUCGGAAAAAACUUUCGUACUAGUCCACGAGGGGGAAGUAGAACUUUUUGAGUGAUGGAGCUAGCGUAGUCUGAGCGAAACAAUACAGAAGUAUUGUUUCGCUAAAUUGUCGAAACAAUACAUUACAGAAGCACAAUUUUCCUAAAGCCGCUCACUUCUUCUUUUCGAAGCCCUAGACCUCUGGGUCCGCCCAUGGGCUUCCCUAACUCCACUGUACAUUGAGAGAUUGAUACUCAAGUGCCCCCCUGCUUCGGCAAACAAGGGUCACUGUAAAUUUGCGGAAUGGCGUGACUUGCUUCAUUGAAAUCCGAGAAAUCAGAAGAAUGUUGGGCGCGCCUUCUUAGUUCCAAGCACAGUGUCACGAGUUCCACGAGAGUUGACAUGGGAAGCAAACAAUGUAAUCUUCUUGCGGUAAUUAUUGGCAAAUGAAUACAGACAGCUUAGGCCUUGUCUUGAAGAAUACGUUUUUAAGAUAUUUUCCUUCAAAUUAACUGUUUGAUCUGAUUUGUUUCAUAUAAUUAAAAAGUUUGACUGCUAGAGUUGAUUAUCAAGGGACCUGCUAAUAGAGAUUUAUCCAAAAUUAAAACAGAGUGGUAUGCAACAACGCAAAGGGUGGGCUUCCUUUGGAGAACGCUUUCAAAGACAACCCAAAAGCGAUUCCUAUGGCACAUUUUCUCUGUUAAACCCCUAGUCUCAAUUCUCAUUACAAGCUUUUCCUAAAUAGAGCCUUAUUUCCUAACUUAAAAAUUCCUUAAUUUUUGACCAUUUUACCAAUAUUAUUUCCCAAAGGUCUUUGGUAGUUCCUUAAUUUUGACUGCACAUUUAGUUCCUAUUAUUGAUAGAAACCGUGGCCAAAACCAAAAAGGCAAGAAAUGAGCUUGGUAUAUAUAAAAAAUAAUGUCAUUGACUGCCAAUGAUUGGAGAAGGCUUCCUCAAAAUUGAAAAGUUUGUUGAGGAUCGAUUUUCGUCUUAAAAAGUUUAAAUUCCUUAAAUGUUUCGGCAUUCUAGCAGUUGCUUCCUUAUAAAGUGCUUCCAUAUAAAGAACCCUGUAAAGGCCAUUUUCUUUUAAAUCUCUCCCAUUUCCACACAAACGCGUAAUAAACGCGUUCCUGUUGAUAACGCCGCAGGUAAUAAGAUCUAGGUUACAAUUUCGGCAAUAUUACCAAUAGGCUGAAGGGAACGUUCUAAUGUCCUUUUAAAAAUGUCUUAGAAAUUUACGGAGAUCGGAAAAGACGCGUUAUAAGGGCUGUUUGACUUACUCCAAAUGAAUACUCACGACAACGUAGAAAAUGAAAAAGAAAUAAGGAACACCCCAGUUCCCUGUCGUCCUCGGAACAAUGUUAUUGUUUAAUCUACCUGACCUGGACGAAAAGCAAUGCUCCACGUGACAACGACAUGGCCGGAGUGGUGUCGAUAGGCAAGGCGAGGCGGAUAACUUUUUAAUUAGAAGUUCAACAAGAAAAGGGAGAAUGGACCGUCUGAGCCAAUCAUGUGACUCACCGAUGAACAAACGACCAAUCCCAAGAUUGCGCUCAUAAAUAAAGUAGUCAAUGAGAGUGGGUCAAUAUUUUAGUUCUUACUACGCAUUGUAAACAUUGCCGAAAACGUGUAACUACGGUGUAUAAGCUGUGUUGAUUCAUAAGGCAGCCAAGAGGAACCAUUGAAUCACUAGUUUCUGGAAAUCUUGCAGCAUUCAAUAGGUAUAGACUUUUAUACCAGGAUGAAUUAAAUGAAUGGUAACAUUUGCUUUUGCAAAGGCCAGUAGCUGAGUCGUAGUAGUUCAACAUCAUGGAUCUCGUGACCACCGGAACAUUUACGAACUCUUAUACAUUAAACUAUCUGGCAUGAUAUUUUUCUUUGGCUAUGUCUACUGAGCCUUCAGUCGGAAUAAACUCAGGAAUAUCACAACACAACACGGAGGGAGAGCAAGUCCAAGAAAAUGAACUACCUAAGAGAGAGGAGCCAGUUGCCAGAAGCAGCGGUGAAGGAGAAAAUACGACCAGUGUCCAUGUUAAUACCCCCGUCACGACGGUCGGGACCUCACCAGAAGUAGAGGGAGGGGGAGAAGAAGAUGUGCUGCCAAAUGUAGCUGUAAUUCGAAGACAAAGAGGAAGGCCUAAAGGAGCGAAAAAUAAGAAUCCGAAGAUAGGACUUGAAGAACUGUCAGCAUCAUAGGUGCCCCUUCAAACCAGAAGUCCAGGGCGCCUUUGCUACGAUAGAAAGUUGAAGAGUUCCUAGUUGCCACUUGAAAAAGAGCCAAAGCCGCCACCAAAACCAAAGCGUCCUAUUGGCAGACCGAGGAAAUAUACCUAUGCUUUGCAGACCAGAUUUUCAAAGCAGCAGUCUUUUGCGAAGAUCGAGCCUGUUACAGACAAACCACCUGAUGACAUAUUUGAAGACGAGACUUGAAAUGAUAUUAGUUGGUUGUGUUAGUGUAAGUCUAAAAUGGAUUAUACGUAGAACAUCAGAGACGACAGUUUGUCAUACUGUAGAAGCUUGUUGGAAAGAAAGAUUCUGUCCGUCUUUUGUAUUGGCAAAGAUUGGCAGAGCGAAGUUUGGAAAGAUCUGAAAGGUAAAAAUAGGCAAGGGUAUAGUAACAAUUUAUAAGCUCAUUAGCUUUAAGAUCGUGACGACCUUCUGCUUAAAAGAUAGUCUGUAGAAAAAUGCAAUUGUUAAAAAUUAUUGAAUGUAGGUCCCUAGAAAGAAUCCAAAAGUCUUUAUUAGGGGAAUGAUAACUGUCAAUUAAUUGCCACACUCUAUAGAGCACGUUAAACAGUUCAAAAACCACUGUUUCUUCACAUUCUCAGUUCAACUUUGUUGCCAGAAGAAUGUUUAUACGUAUGACUUGACUUGAGGUUGUUACGUAACGUUAUUGAAACGCUUCAUUUUUUAUAUAAAUAGAUAUAUUUUAAUCCAAUGAUGGUCACAAGAUGUUUAUGACAUUAACUGUGAAGAGAUAUUUUAAGUUUGGCCUCGUGAACAAAAUAAUUUUCCAAAUAAUCGUGAAUGAAAAAAAGAGAAAUAAGGAAUAAUCUUUAUGUUGCAAAGAAAAUAAAUUAAUUAUAAGAAAGCACCUGUUUAUGUCAUAAUCACGGGGGUAGUUAUGAUUUUGACUUUGGGGGUGGGGGGACAAAUUUUUUUUACAAACAUGUAGAAAUGACUAUAUUAAAAAUAACGUACGGAUGUAAUGCACAAACAUGUACUAACUAACACAGUCAUAGGAAAGAGGGUUUAAAGACAACAUGUGCACAUCUUCAAACUCAGUAUGACCCGCCAACGCUUCAGUUUGGGGACCCUUUAGAAUAUUGGAGGGCCCAGGCUCCCCUGCCCCUCUUACUUCCCUCUUGUUCACAAUAUUCAAAUCAAGAAGGGAACGAAGUAUUAUUUUUCUAACAGGUUUUUUGCUAACCAGAUGAUAUUGAUAACGAUGGAAAAUUUGGAACUUUAAUCCUUGUUCAAUACACCUUAUUCCCUUUACAUUGGUUUUGGAAACAUUUAUGCUAUUAGUUUUUACGUUUUAUAUCUCUAAGAAAAUUUAACAUGGGUUUCAAACUCAAUAUGAAAGAGUCUUAUUUUUAUAAAAUCUACCUAAUGGAUUAAUAACCAAUAUUUGUACGUUCUUAAUUUGCAGCAAACCACAUUAUAGGCUGGGUUUAUUUUAAAAAAAUCUGCUGAUAGCACAAAUCUGAGUGAGUAUCGUUGGAUAUGGUACUCAUUGGUUCAAUCAAGAUAAAUCUUUAUUCUAUAAAGCUCGUAUGUAGCUUGCUCGAGAAGUUGUAAUGGAACUUGGCCGAUUUUUAAAUUCAGACCACAUUAACUUUGAAUUUUAAGAUAUAAUUUGAAUAAGAAACCAUCUCUGGUGAAUAAGAAACCUGUAGAGGUGGCUCUGGGGGCCCAUCUCUACCAUUAGCCCCUUAGUUUUAUCUAUGACCAUGACAACAAAGCAAAACUCAGAUUUUGGGAUAGUUGGAGGGUCAUGGUGGCCAACCUUCUGAUAGAAGAUGGUACCUGAUGAUGAUGAAUUUGAAUAAAGAUAGUUUCAUAAACUGAAAUUUUACUUAGCUUGUCAGGCAAUGAAAUGCUGACUUCCUACGUCUAAUAAAGGAGUGUCUUUAACACCCCCGAAUGCAAGCAAGUGAAUGGCAAUGAUGCUAAUUUUACCUUCUGUACAGCAUUCAAAUUUAGACCAACUCUAGUCUUCACCAGUUUGUUUUUAACAAUGCUUUUAGUUAAUGAAAAUUUCUUUAUUUCAUUCCUUUACAUUCGUUUAUUUUUAAUCAUUUUCACCAUAAAGGAACAUUUAUACAUUCAACUAGUCACAUUGUCUUUUAAUGGGGCUUCAUUGAGGAAGGGGUAGUCUAGUACGAAUUCUUUUAAGAAAAAGGAUUAUAGAUUAUUUUCUUAAAUAAAGUAACGUUCCCUGGAGUAGUUGACACUUAGGUUAGAACGUCAAAAGGACUUACUAAGUGACUUAUAUGUUAACUUCUUGUGACUAGAUCUCAUGAUUUAAAUCGUGAUUUGUCUUACGCAUGUUAUCAAUAAUUAAUUAUAGAUGCAAAUCAAAAUGAGUUGUUAAAGUUUGAAACUGUUAGAAGAAUGUUGGUUCUCAUUACACUCUACCCUCUCUUAAAACUAAUGUAUGAAACAACCUCAUAAUGCUAAUGUGUUACACAAAAUAUGAUUUUGUGGAAGUUAUAAGAUGUAUGUUCUUCAUGAAACAAAUACAUAGAUUAGAUAAAUGUAUUUACCUUAUACCACAAUAACAUACUUUACCUCAUUUGA